AUGAAUGGCUCCAUUACUCUGAGCCUACCUAGGGCUAUACUAUCUACCGGACGACCUACACUCCCCAAUCCAAUGCCGCUUUCCCGCGUAUGGUCGACCUCACCACGAAACGGAUUCUACAAUUAUUACGAAUCUUCCUGUCAGUACAACUCUAGGGCAAAUGAGUUCAAAAUCACUCCCUGGGAUAAAAUCUGGCCUAAUUACCAGCCACGGUUCAACGGAGCAUCGAUAGACCAGCUCCGCGUGCAUUUUAGGGCCGAGGCAACUGAGCGUGAUGUGCUCGAUGAGUUUCCUGGCUAUCGUAUGUUUAUUGUCAUUGACGAAGAAAGUUUUCACACGUUACAAACCGCUCCCCUUCCAGAGGACUCGAAAUACGAAGAGAAGAGACGUUAUUAUGUGAACCUCGUCGAGGCGUUGGAGGUAGAUCCAUAUGAGUCAUUUCUAGGGUGGAUGAAGUGUUCCCUGCCCUCGUUGUUCGAGGUGUGGUCGGAUAUGCAGGACGGGGCUUAUAUGAAGGACAGUUAUUCGAUGAGACCCGACGGUACUGAUGUUUUAUAA